CCAUGAUCCUUGUUUCCCAUAGCAGAAGAGUGGGUGACAGGAGGGUCUCAGGACAAGCAGUAAACCAGCCAUGCUGCUGAAAGGAGAAUUUUUCACCUGCUCUUCCCAAGCUGGUGCUCUGAUGAGCUACAAAUAGACCCCCAAACUGAUUUAGUUUAUCGUUAGCCUUGAGAUGGGAUUGAUCUACUUGAUUUUGGAAGAGACAGGAACAGUAAAACCUGGCUUUGAGGAGCAGAAGUGGAGGUGGGAGAUUCUCCACAGGGAAUUGCUGUCAGAUACUUUGCUGAGGGAUUUAUACAAUGUAUAGAAGUCCAAAGAGAGUGUGGUCAGAUACAUCCUUCCUCAUCUCCCCCCAGCAAAGCAAAUUAAUUUAAAUCUAUAAAGAAUACAAAGCUGUGAGAACGCUAUCUAAAAUAUAACUUGAGAGCAAUUGGAAAGUUUAGAAAAAAGUCUUUCAAGGAAAAAUAAUGAGCAGAAUUACAGUAGAAACAGUUGCUAUAUGGAUAAGGCAAAAUAUUUGACAAGGAAAACAUCUCUGAGAAGAAAGCACAAGGGCAGAGCUAUUAUAGCCUCUGCGGCCUUUUCCCUCAGACUUCUUAUUUUAUAACAUAUUUCUAAAACGCAACACCCACAACUGUUUUUCUUCAUCUAUCAAAGCAUAAAAUUGCCAGUCCUUUGACCUAACUUAAAUCAAGGAAGUAGCAAUGUUAGGUUUAAUUAAAAACAGCAAAUAUUUGUACAGCUGUCCCUGGUUUCACAGCACAGAAAUAGGUUUAGCAUCAAAUCUUACAGUUUUAAAUCCUCUGGGAACCAUAUACAAAAACAUAUAGGAUCCUUCUGGCCGACUUGCCAAAGCCAGUAAUGCCUUUUUUUGGAGUUAUUUCAGGUGGGGCUCAUUCAGCCUUACCAUUUCCAACCCACUGUUUUCCUACUUGAGUUUUUUUUUUUCCCCCCGUGUGCCAAAUGCAGCACUGUCAGGCUGACAAGUUUGGAUGCAUUUGAUGCAUUUCAGGGUUGUGAGUAAUAAUAGCAAUAAAACCAAGGUAGGCUGAGAAGUUCUGAUGGAAAUGCUGGCUGGGCAUUUCCAGCAGCUGGUGUCACUUGGAGAUGCAGGAGCCUCCAUCAGCUCCACACUGAUGAUCCCUAAAGCUGGGAGGGGUUUGGAAGGAAAUUAUUCCUUGUUCCCCUUUUAAAUUACUCAUGGAAGCACGUUGUAAAAUCCUUCAGCACCCAGCUUUAUAAAGCUGCCCUCACAGGGCUGAGGCUGCACCUUGCACGGGUCAGGCCUGGCAAGGCAGGUCCCAGUGAGAACGAUGGAGAGAUUUGCACCGCGCCCUGCUCUGCACCCAGAUGGGGAUGUGCAAACCUCCCCCAAAUCUGCCAAAAUAAGCCUGGGGCGGGGCAGGGUGAGCGGCCACCCACCACGGGGUGAGAGAUACGGAGGAGGGAAGGGGCACAACAGGGCUUAAGAGGCUGCAGUCAGGCCUGUGGUGAGAGGGGAGGCUGAUGGCCGGCCCGGCUGCUCUGCUCGAGUCCCUCGGGCACCAGGCAGAGGCUCUCCGCACACUCCGGGCAGUGUGGGGAGGCAAGGAAGAUGGUGCAGCCACCCACCCUCCCUGCAUCCCCCCACAGCUUUCCCAGGCCCAAAGUGACGGCGCCGGCCAGCAUGGCCCAGCCUGGCCCAGCCCAGGAGGGAGAACAGAGGUGGCUGGGCUUGGCUGGGUCUUGGAGCUGGAGAAAGAGAGAAAAGGUCCGGGGAAAAGUCCUGAGGAAGAGGAGGGUGGAAGCCCAACUGCCGUCAGCCUAGGGGAGCCCAGGCCACAGCAGCAGUUGCAGCUCAGGUUGAAGAGGCCUGAGACACUGCGAGAGAAGGCUCUGUGCAGCAAGCUGUCCCGAGUAGUGGAUGCAACCAUCCGGCUUGUAACAGCAGAGCAGACCUUCCUGCUCCCCCUUGUACAGCAGCAUCCCUUUCCUCUCCACCCAAAAGAUAGCAUUGAGUUUAGAAACAUCUGUAGUCACAUGGCUUUACAAAGAGAGGGACAGCAAUUUGAGAAAGACUUGCAUGAAGCACACCAGUGUCUGAAGAUGAUCAUCGAGAAGCAUAUUUAUUCACUGGCAGCUUUCCCCUCAGAAUCCUAUAUCCCAGUCCGAUCUGCUCUGAGACAAAUCCUGCAAAAUCUCCUGGCAAUGUGAAACAGCAGACUGGCCAAGGAACGAGUAUUGCACAUGAGCUGUAAUAGUUCCGUAAAAAUCACAGAUAACUUGAAAGAUGAAUCCUGGAGAUGUUACUGUAGCAAGAGUUCCCGCUGACUUUACAUUAGUGGAGACUUCCCAAUGGAGAUGGUAUUUCUGUAAAGUAUUGA